GUUCACUUGGCACGAAAAGUCACAGCCACCGGCGUUUUCUUUUGUAAAAUUACGUAAGUUUAAAGGUUAUGCGCUUAUAUCGAGCUCUCGAACCGCGUGUUUUUAACAUUUACGUAACUUAUUGACGGGUUAUUUUGUGAAGAAGUUAUAAAAAUAGUUUACAAGAUAGAAGACGUCCCGACAGUCAUAUUACUUGAGGAUAUCAACACUGAUUAUGUAACUGAGGUGGACAACAAAUGUUUUUGAAGGAGCCUUAAGUAACGUUGCCUCAUCAUACAAGAUCACAAGUAACCCAUGCGACACUCCUUUACUGCAUGGUUGGAGGACAGAUUACCUAUUCCCUUUUGAAGCGUGCCUUCUUGAAGCUCGACGAUGGGGAGUGUGCGAAGGGUGGUGGUGACUGGGCUGGGUCUUGUCACCCCCCUCGGAGUUGGGGCCCCUCACAACUGGAUACAGCUGACUUCAGGGAAAGUAGCAACCACAGCACUUUCAGAUCCUCGCUAUGCUCAGAUGCCCUGUCGUAUAGCAGCCAGUGUUCCAAAGGGAGAUGGAGAAGGUGAGUUGAACAUCUCAUCCCACUUCAGUGCCAGUGAUUUACGCACAAUGACUCCAGCAAUUGCUUAUGCCUUGAUAGCAGCUGAUGAGGCAGUUUCGGAUGCUCGGUGGAAGCCGGAAGAAUCAAAGGAGCAAGAACGGACAGGCGUUGCCAUUGGCAUGGGGAUGGUUGAUUUAGAUGAUGUAACUUCUACCGGUCAAGCACUGGAACAAAAAUACAGUAAAGUCAGCCCAUAUUUUGUUCCAAGAAUAUUAACUAAUAUGGCAGCGGGGCAGGUAAGCAUGAAGUAUUCAUUUCAAGGUCCCAAUCAUAGUGUGUCCACUGCUUGUGCCACAGGCGCACAUUCAAUAGGAGAUGCUUUCAGGUUCAUUAAACAUGGUGAUGCAGAUGUUAUGGUGUGCGGAGGAACAGAAGCCAGUAUUACGCCUCUCGGUAUCGCCGGAUUCUGCCGACUGAGAGCUUUGGCCACAAAGUAUAAUGACUGUCCAGAAAAGGCCUCGAGACCUUUUGAUGCCGAGCGCUGCGGUUUUGUCAUGGGCGAGGGAGCCGGAAUGGUCGUCUUAGAAGAAUUUGAGCAUGCAGUCAAGAGGGGAGCUAAUAUAUAUGGUGAAAUAUUAGGGUAUGGUCUGACAGGGGAUGCUUUCCAUUACACAGCACCUCGAGAAGAUGGGAAGGGAGCAAUGCGAGCAAUGGCAAGGGCCAUGGAAGAGGCGCAAGUCAGGUGCGAUGAAGUGCAGUAUAUCAAUGCUCAUGCAACUUCAACUCCAUUAGGGGAUGCAAUAGAAGUUGAAGCAAUAAAGUCAGUAUUUGGAAAUCAUGCAGAAAACCUUCACAUAUCAUCCACUAAAGGUGCCACUGGUCACCUCCUCGGUGCAGCAGGAGCCGUCGAGGCAAUUUUCACUGUCCUCACAUGUCAUGCUGGUUACAUUCCUCCAACUGCCAACUUGGAGAAUCCAGAUCCUAACCAUGAUAUUGAUUUUGUACCCAAGGAAGCAAAGGCAUGGAUUCAGAUGGCCGACAGGAGAAUUGCUUUGUCAAAUUCAUUUGGAUUUGGAGGAACUAAUGCAUCUUUAUGUAUAGCAUCCUAUGAUUAGGCAGUACGUGAGGUGAAUGGCAGCUAGUCAUUGGAAAUUCUUCUUUACUGAAGUCAUACUUCAAAUUGAUGUUAGGUCAUUUUAUUAUUUUUUAUAACUGGGUGAGAAAGAUGUAAUUCAGUGGGCAUUGGUAUGAUAUACUGUAUGUGUCAGUUAUUAUUUCUGACUGUUGCAGCAAUUUCAUAACACUAGUUUAUUUCUGUAAAAAGUUACAAUUUAAUGAUUCUCAAUUACAGCAUAUUUUAAAAGUUUAAUUACUGUUAUUAAUUGGUUGUUUAAACCUAGAGUGUUUGCGACUGCUCUAUAGGGUGUUACGGCUGUAUAUAGUAUUUAAGUUGUAUAUUGUAUAAAAUAAGGCUUUGAUUGUUCAUGAAGUUUGACAUUAGUCAGUCACUUUGUACAUUGUUAAAGAGAAUAAAUUAUUUUGAUGAUG